UUUCUGGUUACCCUCUAGCUGUUUUGUAGCUUACUCUUAUACUAGCCGUCAUUUAGCAACGUGGUAACUGAGUAUACGUAAUACAAGUCCCACUCACCUUAUUUGUCGACAAUCCGGUUCUUGAUCAGUCACCGUGCUUCUCCUGUCUACCACUGUAUCUAAUAUCAGAAUCGCUUACUCAGUGGCCCCAAAUUUCAUAAACAGUGCUUCAAGGGCAUCCAUAACCAAACAUUAAUAACGUAUAAACGUUUUCCAUUCCUAAAAACUACUUUGCAGCCGCAAAUUGAAACAGGCCAAACUGUUCUAAAAUAUGCUCGUUCUUUGCUUGAUAGACGAAUAUCUUGUAUACUUCACUAGUGCCAAAAGUUAAACAAGAGUUUUGAAUAGUCCAAACUUUCAUCGGGCGUCCAUCUACCAAGUCUUUUCAAGAUAAGUGAAGUGACCGGCGCUCUCAACCACUUCGCUGCAUACCACUAACCCAGACAUCGAUUCAGAUCAGUCGUGAGGCAAUAUUUUACAUCCUGAGAGAGUGAAUCACAUCCCAAAUAUGCUUGUUUCGUUGAUCAAAGUGGUUGGGAGACUAUUUUGGUCAGCGUCUCCAAAUACAGCUGUCGUCGUCACCAGAAUUUUGAUUGCUUCGUCUGAUUUCUUUCAUAUUUUUCUCCCUCGUCGGAUUAUUACAAUGCUGGCUAAUGAACGAUUGCGUUUCAAGCUUCAUUCUGUCAACUAUCCGGUGUACGAUGUUUUCGAUGUUUCAGAUUUGGCGAGUGUACGCAAUGUGAUCGUAUGGCUGGAGGAUAGGCUUAUUCGAGCUCUUCCUGCUGAAUCUAGGUUGCGUGACGUACAAUCUUUGGAAUGGACAAGCUAUUUAAACAAGUAUCUUCAGGCAGUAAAGUGCCCUUUUAAUGAAUCUAAUUCUUGGGCUAUGUUGGAUUGGCUUCUUAGUAAAGCACUACUAUUGGAAUACAACUCAUCUAGAAAUACUCAACACAGCAGUAUAUCUGAGAACCCUACUAUUUCCACGAACGCUUUUAAUAACAUAGAUGCUAACAGUGAUGAGUUUAAGGAAAAUGUUUUAAAGAUGGCUAAGUUAUUGCAGAUUCCUGCCCAUCCAGAUAUCAAAAUAUUAUUUAAGGCCGUCUGUUUAGUUAUCGAACAAAAACUUGAAGUAAAUAUAUUGAAUGAUGCUAUAACGAACUAUGGGACAUCUAAACUUAAGUGUUCUUUUAUUCUCUUAUUGGUUACUUAAUUGGGAAAAUUCUUUUGUAUACAGGUCCGUCUUUCAGCAAACUUUAUUGCAAUCACUUAUAAUAAUCCCAUGAGACGAUAUAUGUUUAUUUAUUUGACAGUUUAUUCUUUGUAAUAUUGAAGCAUUUGGCUAAGUGUGAUGUUCGUUUUUUCGACUUGCAUGUAUAAGGUUUGUACAGCUGAUGAGAUUAAGUGGGGAAAUUAUUUUCUGUACCAAAUCAAAUAUAAAACUUUUGUCGCUUUCCUUAUUGGUCAAUCUUUUGUACUUAGAUACCAGAUGGUGAUAAAGUUGGUGCUAUUAGUUAGGUUCUAUCGACCAAGGGUCUGGUCUAAUCAGUUAUGUAGCUAGAAUGAUAGGACGAUGAAUUCAAUUUGGAUUUUAAUGUUUAGGAGUAUUUUGGGGGAAUUUUCCGUUUUAUGCUUCAGGUAUAUAACCAUGUAUAGGGUAAUUGGGUUUAUAAUUUCAAUAAAACUCAUGGCACUAAAGAAAUGUAAGCCCACAUUUUUUGGCAUCGUCAGUCAUAAAGUUAAUACCGA